AUGAAUUCCUUCACCGCCAACGCCACCGAUGUCUUUCUCCGACGCGACCCACGGACCAUCGACUGGUUCAUCGCCGGUAACCUCUGGUUCCUGGUCAUGCUGCUCUCCAGUUACGUGUACGUCGUCAAGAUUGGAGGACCCCGCUUCAUGAAGGACCGCAAGCCGUACGAGAACCUCAAGCCCGUCAUCCUUAUCUACAACUUCUCCAUGGUAUUCCUGAACGCGUACUUCGUAAAGAACUACAUGAGACUGUCUUACUUUGGCGGGGGCUACGACAUCGUCUGCCAGGGCAUCGACUACGACACCAACGACAGGGUCUCCAAGGAGUAUCUGGAACUUUGUUGGUGGUAUUUCUGGGUGAGAAUCGCUGACUUCCUGGACACCAUCUUCUUCGUGCUCCGCAAGAAGGAUUCCCACGUGUCCUUCCUCCACGUUGUCCAUCACGUCCUGGUGGUCUUCAACGGAUGGUAUGGUCUGACCUUCGGUCCGGAUGGACAAGUGGCCCUAGGUACCAUACUCAACAGCUUCGUCCACGUCGUCAUGUACGCUUACUACUUCCUGUCGCUCCUGGGUCCCGCCGUCCGCCCGUACCUCUGGUGGAAGCGCUACUUGACGCAGUUUCAGCUUGUGCAGUUUGUCAUCAUGAUCGUUCACAUAAUGAUUCCCCUCUUCGUGAACUGCGGCUACCCAAAGAUUCAUUCGGUCAUCGUCCUCGGUCAAGCUGCCUUCUUCUUCGCCAUGUUCAUGCGAUUCUACGCGAAAGCCUACAAUGUCAAGAGGACCUCCCCUGAAGUGAAUGGCUCGAAAAACAAAGUUCAGUGAGCUUGCAACGGAUCCGCCUUUAUCAACGACAAGGGUAAUCCGUCAAUGUUCCUGCAAUGUGUCGCAACUCGGCGGUUUUCUGCCGCUCAGUCAAGAGCACGGAACAGCUCUGGUUUGAGCCAGGUGCCUAACAACAUUUAUUGCCUCGAGCUCCCAAGGUGUAGACCCCGCACUUCCGGCGUCAUAACAAAAGUAAUUAUCAGACAAGUGACAUUUGGAUUAGCAUCGACAAGUAUGAUUGACGUGUUCCACUGGAAUGAUGACGCUGCAACCCAAAGAAUAAUCUGAAGUAUCUGGCGGGGCUUCCAGAUAUUCACGGUGGUAAACCAAUGGCAAACAAGUUUGGGUAUAGUGCAGAAAAAAUAGUCAUAUUUAAGUGAUGCCCAGUGUGAGUUGAUUUUAUUGUGGCCUUUUGAGGACAACAGUGUUUGGUUUUUAAUAUGGGCAUGCGUCAGAGUAAUCGGGCAUCCCCAGAUCUAAACGGUGGUGCACUAAUUUUCGGAC